UGUAUUCAUUUCUCUUUUCGCUCUGUGGAUUCUGCAGAUGUGAAUUGCGAUAGAAAUUGAUUUUUAUAAGUGCAAAAUUAAGCUAAUUAGCAUUGGAAAAUGUCGGUCAAAAUAAGUACAACCGGCUCGCCAUCAGUUGAAUUAAGUUCCUAUCGCGAUCAACAUUUUAAGGGCACAAGGGCUGAGCAAGACAGACUCUUAAGGAAUUCUUGUACUUUGUACGUUGGCAAUCUAUCUUUUUAUACUACCGAGGAACAGAUAUACGAAUUGUUUUCCAAAUGUGGUGACAUCAGGCGUAUUAUUAUGGGUCUUGAUAAAUAUAAGAAGACACCAUGCGGCUUCUGCUUCGUUGAAUAUUAUCAAAGAGCCGAUUCCGAGAAUUGUAUGAGAUACAUAAAUGGUACUCGUUUAGACGACAGAAUCAUUAGAACCGAUUGGGAUGCUGGCUUUAUUGAAGGCAGACAAUAUGGCCGUGGCAAGACUGGAGGACAAGUGAGAGAUGAAUAUCGAUCAGACUUUGAUAGUGGACGAGGUGGUUAUGGUAAAAUAAUACAACAGAAAGUAACAUCUCUUUCCGACGGUGGAUUUGGACGGUGAAAUUCUUAAUAAAUAAGUAAAUGAGAUAUUGUAUGAAUGAUCAGACAUGUACAAGUGUUCAACCUAUAUUUCAUUAUUUAUACAUAUAUGACUGAAGUAAUUAAUUCCAAGUGUAAAUAUAAUAUUUAAAUAAUAAGUUUAUAUUCUAAGCAGUAAUAAAAGUAAGGAAUAAUUUGUGUAAAUUAAAAAAUUUCUAUACUUUGAACAAGUGUUUUGCAU